CAGAACCCGUCUUCUUUUUUGUGUACACUAAGAACAGAAAACAGAUAAUUCCAGGGUUCUGGGUUGGGCUUUAUAUAUCAAUAGUAAAGAAUAUGGGUUAGAAAAACAAACUCCAGUAUUUCCUUGCUGGAGAUGGAAGCCCUUUCUAAGGCCGUGAUGCAGGCUUGCAGUUGCAGGAGCUAGAAGAUCCAGCCUGGACGCUGAGCCCAUGCGCAGCACUGUUGGGGGACUGCGCAGCCGCAGUAGGAGGGAGGGCGGGCGGCGUCUGUAUUGCCUGGCAACGGCCGUUCAGGCCUCAACUGUCUUCCUCACCCUGUUCACUUCCUCCAUCUGAGUGGCAGCCAUGGCCUGGGCUGCGAGCAUCUUGAGGGCCAGCAGAAGAGUGGUUACAGCCAGGGUAGAUUUCAAGGACUUUGGCGUCGCUCCAUGGCCCAGUCAGGUGCUGCGUGUCCCUCCCAACCGGGCCUGGUGGAGCCUCACGCCCACGUCCUCCAUGGCGACCGUGAAGGGUGAGCUUUUCAAGCACAUCAGCUCCGAAGAGCCCGUUCUCCACAACAAGGUCUCCAUUGUAGGAACGGGAUCAGUCGGCAUGGCCUGUGCCAUCGGCAUCAUAGCGAAAGGCUUGACGGAUGAACUUGCCCUUGUUGACAGUAAUGAAGACAAAAUGAAGGGCGAGACAAUGGACCUCCAGCAUGGCAGCGUCUUCAUGAAGAUGCCGAAUAUUGUUUGCAGCAAGGAUUUCCAAGUCACUGCCAACUCUGAGAUAGUGGUCAUCACAGCAGGGGCACGCCAAGAGAAAGAUGAGACGCGCCUAAAUUUAGUGCAGCGGAAUGUAAGCAUCUUUAAGAAGAUGGUUGCCGAAAUUAUCAAGCACAGCCCUCGCUGCAAAAUUAUUAUUGUUUCCAAUCCAGUGGAUAUCUUAACUUAUGUAACCUGGAAAUUGAGUGGGUUUCCCAAAAACCGUAUUAUUGGAAGUGGCUGUAACUUAGAUACAGCUCGUUUCCGCUAUAUGCUUGGCCAGAGGCUUGGGAUUCACUCUGAGAGCUGUCACGGGUGGGUCCUUGGAGAGCAUGGAGACUCCAGUGUCCCUGUGUGGAGUGGCGUGAACAUCGCUGGUGUGCCGCUGAAAGAGCUGAAUUCAGCUAUAGGAACAAACAAAGACCCCGAGCAAUGGGGUGACGUCCACAAAGAGGUCAUCGCCAGCGCCUACAACAUCAUCAAGAUGAAAGGGUACACCUCCUGGGCCAUCGGCCUGUCUGUAACUGACAUUGCAGAGAGCAUUCUGAGGAACCUCAGGAAAACACAUCCAGUCACCACCAAAGUUAAAGGUCUCUACGGAAUCAAAGAGGAGAUAUUCCUCAGUGUGCCUUGUGUCCUGGGGGAGAACGGCAUAUCCGAUAUCAUCAGGGUCAAGUUGAGCCCCACAGAGGAGGCCCAGAUGCUGAAGAGCGCAGACACUAUCUGGAAAAUCCAGAAGGAUAUCAAGUUUUAAGUCACCCUUCUAAAGGUCCUGAAGGCAGAAGACAUGGUCCACAUCCAAGUGUGGGGUGAACUGGGGCUUCUGAAAGCUGGAGGGCCUCUUGUUUAGGUCUCCUGUUGCGUAGCCCCAGCAGCUGGGUGACUUUCACAGUUUCUGGGUGCUGGCAUUAAAGGUGUUCUUGGUGUU